ACUGUCUCUUCCUCCCAGUGGGCUCUGCUGGGCUCUCCUUGCGGGCCCCGCGCCCUCCCACUCACGGUCCACACCUCCCCGAGGUCCUGUCCCCUCGCGGUCCACACCUGCCCAGCCAGGGUCGCCUCCUUCCCUGGGCCACGCCCCCGAGAUUCCGCCCCUCGCCGCUCCCUCCCCUUUACCGCAGCCAUCUUCCCCCUCCAGGCGUGAUUUGCUGGGGCUUCCGGACGCUUUGCGCACUUAGCAGAUGAUUCUCGGUGCAGUCGGUUCUGUGCUGACCUCGCUCCUCCGCAUUCACCGGCCUGCAGCAGUCGCCGCCAUGAGCACUGGCACCUUCGUCGUGUCGCAGCCGCUCAACUACCGCGGCGGGGCCCGUGUGGAGCCGGUGGAUGCCUCCGGCACGGAGAAAGCGUUCGAGCCAGCCACCGGCCGAGUCAUAGCCACUUUCACGUGUUCGGGAGAAAAGGAAGUGAACCUGGCCGUUGAAAAUGCAAAGGCUGCCUUUAAACUCUGGAGUAAGAAAAGUGGCAUGGAGCGCUGCCAAGUCCUCCUGGAGGCUGCCCGGAUCAUCAGGGAGCGGAAAGAUGAAAUUGCCACCAUGGAGACCAUCAACAAUGGGAAGUCCAUAUUUGAGGCCCGCCUGGACGUUGACACUUCCUGGCAGUGCCUGGAGUACUAUGCAGGGCUGGCUGCGUCCAUGGCAGGCGAGCACAUCCAGCUCCCAGGAGGGUCCUUCGGCUACACCCGAAGAGAGCCGCUUGGGGUGUGUGUGGGGAUAGGAGCAUGGAACUACCCCUUCCAGAUCGCCUGUUGGAAGUCUGCUCCGGCUCUGGCUUGUGGAAAUGCCAUGAUCUUUAAGCCUUCGCCCUUCACGCCUGUGUCUGCUCUGCUCCUGGCCGAGAUCUACACCAAAGCGGGGGCGCCUCCGGGGCUCUUCAACGUGGUGCAAGGUGGGGCCACCACAGGCCAGUUUCUGUGCCAUCAUCGCGACGUGGCCAAAAUCUCCUUCACUGGAAGUGUGCCCACGGGCAUGAAGAUCAUGGAGAUGUCCGCUAAGGGAGUCAAACCCAUUACUUUGGAACUUGGGGGCAAAUCUCCUCUCAUCAUCUUCUCAGACUGUAAUAUGGAGAACGCUGUGAAGGGGGCCCUGAUGGCCAACUUCCUCACACAAGGACAGGUCUGCUGCAAUGGCACGAGAGUCUUUGUGCAAAAGGAAAUUGCUGAUAAAUUCACAAAAGAGGUUGUGAAGCAGACUCAGAAGAUAAAACUUGGAGACCCCCUUCUGGAAGAUACAAGGAUGGGCCCACUCAUCAACGCCCCACAUCUGGAACGAGUCCUCGGGUUUGUCAAGUCGGCAAAGGAGCAGGGCGCUACUGUGCUGUGUGGUGGAGAGGUGUAUGUACCAGAGGAUCCCAAGUUAAAACAUGGAUAUUACAUGACACCUUGCAUUUUAACUAAUUGCAGAGAUGACAUGACUUGUGUAAAAGAAGAGAUCUUUGGACCAGUCAUGUCCAUUUUGACAUUUGGAACUGAAGCCGAGGUUCUGGAGCGGGCUAAUGACACCACUUUUGGACUAGCAGCUGGGGUCUUCACCAGGGACAUCCAGAGGGCGCACCGGGUGGCGGCUGAGCUGCAGGCUGGAACAUGCUACAUCAACAACUAUAAUGUCAGCCCGGUGGAGCUGCCCUUUGGUGGCUACAAGAAGUCAGGAUUCGGCAGAGAGAAUGGCCGUGUGACAAUUGAGUACUAUUCCCAGCUGAAGACGGUGUUUGUGGAGAUGGGCGACGUGGAGUCAGCCUUUUGAAACCCAGUGAAGCUUGCUGACUCAGCCGAGCUGUGGAAUGAGCUGACUGCCUUGACAGGCAGUGUAACUGAAUAGCUUCUUAAUAUCCAGGCUGUGGGUCAUUAGUGUGAUAACGGGUCAGUGUUGUCCUCUGUCUUACCUUCCCAAUUGAAAAUGUGCACAAGUGCCUUUCAGAUGGUAGCCAGGGAACCUGUUGCUCCAGCAAGUCCUGAGAAAUGUGUAGCGCACUCUUCAGACACGGGCAGGCCACAGCUCUGCUCCUACACAUUUGUCCCACCAACAAUGGCAUCUUUCUAGCUUGCUUUAAAGCAGGCCUUCCUUCCUGGGUUCCUGGUGAAUUAGUAGAUAUGCAUUCUCUGUUCACUGACAACUAAAAAACAAAAUCUUAAAGCUUUUAUGUGGAGCCGGGCAGUGGUGGUAUGCGCCUUCAAUCCCAGCACUCAGGAGGCAGAGGCAGGCGGGUAUCUGAGUUUAGAGCAAGCCUGGUCUACAGAGUGAGUUCCAGUAUAGGAAGGACUACACAGAGAAAUCCUGUCUCAAAAAAAACCAUAAAUAAAUAAAUAAAUACUAAAAUGUAAAAAGCUGUUAUUUGGAGAUGUUCAGGUCUUACUACUUAUGGGCAAUGUAACUCAUUGGCAUUUUAAAAGCGAUGUUCUUGACUAGCAAGACAGCUCAGUGGGUAAGGUCUUAGGACUUAAGCCCAGUGACCUCAGGUUUAUCUUCAGAACCCACCCCUCCCCCACAUCAUACACUGCACAAUAAUAAAAUCUUUCUCAAAUG